UACUUCACGGUAAAAACAUUAAGAGAAGAAACUAAAGUGAAUAAAAAAAGAGUAAACAAGAUCAGUAAAACAUCUAUAGCGUAGAAAGAACUAUAGAUAACUAAAGAUCAACAAGAGAACAAUGGAAAUUCUACAGACUAUACCAUGGCGAGCAUAGUUAUACGCUAGUUCAAGGAUGCACGCGGUUGGAUUGCACUCGGCACUGGCCAUCAAACGUCAGAGAAAGCGUCGAGAUGAACAACGGCGUGCCCGCGAACGUCGUUACAGCGCGCAAUCUGGUGAAAGUGGACUGACAUCACCUAGAGCAUCGACAGGUUCAUUGGACCGACAUCAUCGUCAUCAUCACACAGCCCAACCUCAUCAUGCCGCUGGUCAAGGAAUGUUGGAUUCAAAAGUCGUUACCUCUAUUGGAAUGCUUCACAUUGGAGUUGUUUUUUUGGUACUGGGUGGUUUUUUACUAGGAAGUGGUUUGCUGCCUGGUGAUUUAGCAAGUUGGAGUUCAAAAGGCUCAGGUGGGUGGUGGAAUGAACUUGUUAUCACAGGGAUUUUCGCAGUUGUAGUUGGAGUAUUUCUCAUAAUACUGAAUCGCGUUAUUGCUAAAAAAGAAGAGGAUGACCUGGAGGAAUACGUACAGAGGCAAUUGACUAGAUCUAGAUCGGGGCAUAGGCUUGAAAGAGACGUUGAAACUGGCGGUCUUACCACCAGACAUGGUAGGAAAGCUAAGCAAUUAAAGAAGAUGACAUCACUCAGCUCGAUUGAACUGCAGAGUGAAAAAACAACAAGCUCGCCACCAAGAAGCCCACCCCCUGCUUAUUCACCCCCGCCUGUUUCCAAUGGCGACCAUCCUGGUCAGUCUCCGCUAUUCCUUGAGCAGAUUACCGAGGAAGAAAUAAUAAGUGACCGACAUGAGACUUCGACUACUAAUAGUCUGAGUCCUGGGUCCCCGAGUGAGACCAGAGAACUACUGCGCAAUAAUUCGCACCAUUCAAAACAAAAUGGCACUCAUCACUCCCAGCAUAAUCAUAAUUAUCAGCAUCAUCGUGACGACCAUCAUCAACCGAUUUAUGUUAAUCCUGCGCGAACUUAAUUUUAUUAUUAAUCAAUUUUCUAAUUAUCUUAUAAUAAUUAUUAAUUAAUUAAUUAAUAAAUAAAUAUGACUAUUAUAUGCAGCAAGGAUAAUCUAUAAUUAAAUCGAAGUACUAUGGGUAAGAUGAUUUUUUUUAUAUGAUAAACUUCUAUAAAUUUGUAGUUAAAAAAAUAUUUAAAUAUAUAUAUGUCGUAUUGUUGAACACCAAAUAUAUUUAUAUGAGUUUAAAUAUUAUUUUAUUUGCUAAUA